UCGGCCCUACCCGAAUCCAUGCACCCGUACUGUUACCAUCGUCGACGAUCGAGGAAGCUAAUUCCUAAAUCAUCGUGCCAGAAAAUGGCGAGUAGUGUAUCGGUUAGUGUUAAUCUUUAUUACAUAUUAGCCCACAAAAGCGCUGCCCUUGUUGGGAGAUUACCAAAGAGGAGAACGCUCUCGCAUCUUGUAGGCUUGAAGUCCGUCAAGUUUAGUCACCGGAACACCGGGAUUUGUUUUACCACAGACGCCUUUGUCGUCGCCGAUGACGCCAAGUACGGGAAUAAACAGGUUAUCAGCCUCACUCCUCGCCUUUACGACUACGUCAUCGCCAAUGUUCGCGAGCCCGAGAUUCUGCGGCAACUCCGAGAAGAGACUGCCAGUAUGUGUGGAAGUCAAAUGCAGACUUUUUUUGGUUAUAGGCAUCCCCUGAUCAGGCACAACUGCUUGCAAUGCUUGUACAGAUUCUAGGCGCCAAAAGGUGCAUUGAAGUUGGUAUCUAUACGGUAUUGUCUCUGUUUGGUGCCUAAUUCACCCAACAGAUUACAUUCUACUGUUUCUUUUCUAAUCUUUAUGAUGUGUGUCGAAAACUAAAUGCUGUAGAAAUUUGGCUUUGUAGUCACUUGUUUGGUUAUUGAACUAAUGUAAAGAAAAUUUGACCGGCCAAAAUUAUCUAUUUGUUUCACAUGUUCAAACUUAUGAAACUUGGAUCGGAAGGAUGGGUUACCUAAUAAUUAAUUUUUUCACAUUUCCUUUUAAGUUCUUGUUUUUGCAAUGUUGGGGAAAGCUGCUGGAUUUCUUGUAAAAAUGGCCAAUAAUUUUUCAGAUGAACUAUUGCCUUUGAUACCGUUUCCUCCAUUAGAGUCUUGAUUUGGAGUAAACUUAGAUUUAAAAAUUAGUAUGUGCUCUAUCUGGACUGCUUGAUUUUCUUGUGUGGUGGGAGCUUUUACAAUUUCAAUUCCAGCCUUGAGAUAUUCCUGGAUAUUCAUGUAAAAAACUUCCACACAAGUAAGGAAUGAGCACAAGAGAUCUGUUUUCUCCUCUACCAUAUAUUGUUCUGAUUGAAAUAGAGGAAGUGAUACUAUGAAGUGUGAUGAUCUAGUGGUGAAGAGGUCAAUAAAAAACACUUCAGAAGUUUGGUUCUGGACUGGCAACAUCUCUCGCUUAAUACCAGUUAUUCAAUAAGCUUUUGACCUGUCUACAUAAAGAAUGUAGCAGCCCCGGUAAUUCAAAAAAAAUGGAAAUUAUAUUAUAAAUAUUAAAUGCGGAAGCGAGAUCAAAAUUUCAGUUAACAUCCCUUACACGAAAACAAAAA